GCCGAGUCUUCUGCGGACCCGAUGCACGCGCAUCGCUCAGCUUCAAAAAUGUGCAUGUAAAAGUUAUAAUCUCGGUAGUAGUCAGAAGAAGAAGGGGAACGUGUGCCGCAAGAGCGAAGGGAACGGAGAGAGCUAGUGGUCUAAAUGCUUGUUCUCCGAGACAUCUCUGUCCACAAACACACGCCGAAUACGUCGCUGAUUCGACCCAGUCCUCGGAGUUUGAUCGAUCUGUGUUCGGAACCUCAAGACUUCGACCUUCCUGCUGACAAAUAGUACAUACACGGGCUUACGCCAUUAUACGAAUCGAUAUUCUCAGAGGGCAUCCGCGGUGCAUGACGUCUGAAGAUGAGUGGGAUCAGAAGUCAGGCAGGUGGAAACUGCGAAUGUGGUGGGCGAACAUGAAGACGAAUCGUAUAAGAUUCUGGGUGGCUCUGCUUGUGCUCUGGGUGCUCGCCUUCCUGGCAUUGCAAAAUUUCGACAACCGACGCUGUGCGGAGAAGAGACCUGCGACAAGCUCGAGUGCCCGGAUGCUAUUGCAAUCCAACAACUCCAACGUGCCGGACUGUCAGAGAGUUUGCGGCGACGUCUCGAUCCCUUACCCCUUCGGUUUAUCAGCACAAUGCGCCUUCAACUCCUACUUUGUGCUGGAGUGCAGGGACGACCUGGGACCAAAUCUCAAGUCGAAUAGACCAGGCCGUGGUCCGUGGCCGGUUCUGACUUACAUAAAAGCCACAUCCACUCUCCAACAAUAUUGGACCAACAAUAACACCAUAACUGAUGGAUAUUUCGAGGUGCCUUUUCUGCCAGUAACGCAAAUAUAUUCUGACCACAUAGUCGUAGAUAUGACGCAAAUUAAAGCGAUGGGUUGUUGGGCUACGGUCAAUGCCAGCCUUUCUCUGGACGCGCAAAGCCCUUACUGGAUUUCUCAGAACAACGUCUUCAUCGUCGUAUCUUGCGGUGCCACAGGAUCGGCCUCGGGUUUAAGUUUGCAGAAUCUGUAUUUCAGCACGUCGUGCGACCAAAUUCCGUGUUCCAACUCGAUCGUGGCGGCGUACUGUAACGCGUAUGACUGCUGCAUUACGUCCAUUGAUAUUACCAAGGAACUGAUUAUGUCAGGCAAAGGAAGAGGGUUUGCAGAAUUCACGAAUUGUGGCUACUCCACCCUUCUAUACCCAGGUACGUUUGCUCUACCAGGGCCUGGAGUUGGUGAUGGAACCUACGGAGUCGCUCUGUGGUAUGAAAUCCAGAGGAAUGCGACUGUUACCAACUGCGCUGAAGCUGCAAAGGAUGAAGACAAAUAUGAAUGCUCCAAUAAUGGAACAUGCUAUAACCAGAUCGACGGCUACUACUGUCAAUGCGAGAGGCCGGGCUACGAGGGAGAUGGUUAUACAUUGGGCACCGGCUGUAGUAAAGAAAUCAACGAGUGUUUGAAGCCAAACAAUUGCUCCAGCAUUGCUACAUGCGUCAACACCGAUGGGAGCUAUGAGUGUAAAUGCCCUGACAAAAUGGAAGGCGAUGGUAAAAAUCGCCUGUGGGUCUCUCAUGCUACCAAUUGCACUUGGAUCGACCAGUGUAAAAAUAAGACCGGAGUCUGCUCCCCAGAUGCUGAAUGUUUUUUCGACACCAACUCUGGCGUUGUAAACUGUAUGUGCCAAGGUGGAACUGUCGGAGACGGUCUCGUAGAUGGAACUGGUUGCAAAAAGACUUCCAAUUUGACCAUCAUUAUCGGCGUGAGUGUCGGUGGUGUGGUAUUCAUCAUCAUCAACAGCAUUCUUUUAUGGUGUUUCGUUCGGAGGAGGCGGCUUGCGUUCGAUCCAGCGAUUUUCUCACAGCAAGAGCUGCUGAAUGAGAUCGAGAACAAAGAGGGUGCCAAAUUCUGCAAAACCUUCACCUUCAACGAGCUUCGAGAGGCAACGAAAGACUUCUCGGUCGAGCUCGGAUCUGGAGGAUUCGGCACCGUAUUCGAAGGAACCCUGCCGGACGGAACCAAGGUGGCCGUCAAGAAGGCCAAACACGGAAUGGGCGAGACACGACGCGAGGCGAAGCAGUUCGUCAAUGAGAUUGUCAUUCUGUUGCAAUUGAAUCACCGGAAUCUCGUGAAAUUGCUGGGUUGCUGCUUGGAGACACGGGUACCCGUCCUAGUAUACGAAUUCGUCUCUAAUGGCAAUUUGGACGAACACAUCCAAAUGAAACGCGCAACGGAAGCUCAAAGGUCCACUGAGGGAGAGGCUGACGACACUAGCGAUUUGUGUCAUCCCCCCCUCAACUGGACUUUACGGUUGAAGAUAGCCAUUGAGACAGCGGAGGGUUUAUCAUAUCUCCACUGGGGGACGUCUCCACCCGUUUACCAUCGAGAUGUCAAGUGCGCCAAUAUUCUUCUGGAUGACGCUUACAACGUAAAAGUCGCUGAUUUUGGUUUGUCGAAACUCGUCCCCCUCGAGGACACAGCUGCAUAUGCUGUCCCAACUGCAAUACAAGGUACUCCUGGCUACAUGGUAAGUCAACCUCGUUCAUAUGUAUCUUUCAAGAUGACUGUAUCAAUCAUGGACCCAGGGCUUUUGGACCAGUACGAGUUAAAGGACAAAUCAGAUGUAUACAGUUACGGUGUACUGCUACUCGUCAUUCUCACUGGGCAGAGACCAGUGGAUCUUCAAAGACAGCCUAGGGAUCAAAAUCUUGUCAACAAAUGCAAUCGAUUGAUGACUCAGGGUCUUUUCGCGAAUAUCAUUGAUCCAAUAUUAUCAGAGGCCGUGGAGAGUCCAUCCACCCUGGAAGCCAUGGAUGCAGUUGCCAAGCUUGCAAUCAAGUGUGUAAGCAGAGAUGGCCACGAUAGGCCAACCAUGAAAGAAGUGGUUUCGGAGUUACACACUAUUCAACGAAAGACAGAGACCUCAGAUUCAAAAAUGGUUAAGAGUCUGGCGAAGAAGGUUAACAUAUCAGAAGAGUUCUCUUUGGUUCCACUUGCUGGUGGACAAUGGCACAAGUCCUACGACAUAUCUACCUCAAUCUCCGCCGUAGGGCGGUAAGUGGUAGGAAAUUGAAAGUUCGCAGCAGUCUUCAAGUGUACUCAGUGAGUCUGAACUUUCGAAGCAAGAAAGAUUCCCGUCCCGUGGAAAUCCUUGAGUAUGGGAUCCUUUUAUUGUAUCAUAAGGGACCUGUAAAUUAAGAGAGUAUGUGAUGAAUCGAGGUAGUAACAAUCAUUCGAUCAGGUUGAUUAUCGGUUCCUGGAUCCAUUUCCGGGCCUGCAGCUCCAGUUUUUUUGAGUGUCUUGCUUGGGGAUUCAUAUCUCUCUAAAGUAGAAAUAGAAACAUUAUCUAGUCUUCCAGAAGUUUGUCAGGGGAUGGAAAACCAACUUUGGUUGCAGAUCAGAGAGUAGGAACUGUAAGUCUUAUUUUUGCUCAUCAGAAUCUA